AAAAAGGCAGUUGUCAUUACACAUGUCACGGGAACACUGCAACAUACAAAAAAUGACAACUAACGACCCUAAUUUGUCCAAAACUGAAUAAAUCCAAAUUAAACGUUCAUUUUUUCUCAUUCACACAAUCUAUUUUCUUCUUCUUCUUUUCUUCUUAUUUGUUUUUAUGAUUAAAUUAAACAAAAAUUAAAUUAAUUCAAAUUCACAAAACCCAAGAAGAACAAACACAACCCCUUUACUUCCAGAUUCUCAACUAAACUAAACUCUUCAACGGACCUGGAUUCAAUGCAUUCAAUUAUCCAUGCAUUCAUGCAUUCAUGCAUUGUGAGUCUUUAGAUGCAAAUUUUGGUGGCCCAGGUUUAAAAAUGAAUGAUUGUGAUUAACCUGCGGUCAAAAUUUGACUGCAGGGAAUCCAAUUCCCUCUUCAACACCUCUCUCUCUCUCUCUCUCUCUCUCUCUAAACUCAAAAGUUAACAAAAGGGGUUCUUCUUCAUUCACUCACCCAACAAAAGUUUCUUACUUUAUAUCUUUUCUUACUUCUUCAUCUUCUAUCUCUCUAAAAUAAAUCACAUUGCUAUUUCAUCAGUUUAGAAACUAUAAAGUCUUGAACUUGAGUAUGAUGCAUGUGAGUUUGUGAACAAUUCUUCUCAUUUUCUUCUAUAUACUUGUUGGGUUUGCUUUGAAUUCAACUGGUUCAUCUUCAGUCUCCUUAAAAACCCUGAUGGGGAAACAUCAUUUGGUGUUGUUUUUGUUGUUUUGUUUGAUGUUUUUUGUGCCUUGUUUGUGUCAAAAAGACGGUUUGGAUAAUGUUACUACUUCUGUUUAUGUUGUUACUUUGAAACAAGCUCCUACUUCUCAUUACUAUGGUGGUGAUUUGACAAGUUUGAAUGAUGAAAAUAAUGGCUUCAAAGAUAAUGGAAGAACUCAAUUUCAGAAACCAAGGUAUGGCAAUAUUUCAAAGACAGAUAAGAGAUUUAGCUCUUAUGUUACCCGAGUACACGAUUCUUUGUUGAAGAAAGUGUUGAAAGGAGAAAAAUAUCUGAAGCUCUAUAGCUACCAUUACCUUAUUAAUGGAUUUGCUGUGCUUGUUACCCAACAGCAGGCAGGGAGACUAUCAAGGAGCAGUGACGUGGCCAAUGUGGUUUUGGAUUUUUCUGUUAGAACUGCAACUACGCACACUCCACAGUUUUUAGGUCUUCCACAAGGAGCAUGGUCUCAAAAUGGUGGGUUUGAAACAGCUGGAGAAGGAAUUGUUAUCGGGUUUGUUGACACGGGCAUAGAUCCAACACACCCUAGUUUUGGUGAUAGUAAAUCUGACCAUCUGUAUCCUGUUCCUGCUCAUUUUUCUGGUAUCUGCGAGGUUACUCGUGAUUUUCCAUCUGGCUCUUGCAAUAGGAAACUUGUUGGGGCACGUCAUUUUGCAGCAUCUGCCAUAACUAGAGGAAUAUUUAAUAUGACUCAAGACUAUGCUUCUCCCUUUGAUGGCGAUGGCCAUGGCACGCAUACCGCAUCUGUAGCAGCAGGAAACCAUGGGAUUCCAGUGAUUGUUGCUGGACAUCACUUUGGGAACGCUAGUGGGAUGGCUCCUCGUUCACACAUUGCCGUUUACAAGGCACUAUACAAGAGCUUUGGAGGAUUUGCUGCAGAUGUUGUUGCCGCAAUUGACCAGGCAGCUCAGGAUGGUGUCGACAUAAUAAGUUUAUCGAUCACUCCAAAUAGGCGUCCGCCUGGUGUUGCAACUUUCUUCAAUCCUAUCGACAUGGCGUUGUUGUCAGCUGUAAAGGCUGGUAUUUUUGUAGUACAAGCGGCUGGGAAUACCGGACCAUCACCAAUGAGUAUGUCUUCCUUCAGUCCAUGGAUUCUUACUGUUGGUGCUGCCUCUCAUGACCGGCUUUAUAGUAACUCAAUAUCUCUCGGAAAUAAUGUGACCAUACCUGGAGUUGGACUUGCGCCUAGCACAGAUGAAAACAAACUUUACAAACUAAUUCAUGCACACGAUGCUUUGAGCAAUGAUACAUCGGUCUCUGAUGACAUGUAUGUUGGUGAGUGUCAAGAUGCAAGCAAGUACAAUCGCGAUUUGAUCAAAGGGAAUCUUCUGAUCUGCAGCUACUCAAUUCGAUUUGUGCUUGGCAUUUCCACGAUCAAACGAGCGACAGAAACAGCCCAGAACGCUAGUGCAGCUGGUGUUGUCUUCUAUAUGGAUCCUUAUGUGAUUGGUUUUCAACUUAAUCCGGUUGCAAUAAAAAUGCCUGGCAUAAUAAUUCCAUCUACAAAUGACUCAAAGAUUUUAAUGCAAUACUACAAUUCGUCGUUGGAAAUAGAUACGGUUUCGAAGAAAGUUGUUAAAUUCGGGGCUGUUGCUGCAAUCUGUGGUGGACUAAAAGCAAAUUACAGUAACACUGCACCAAAGGUUAUGUAUUACUCUGCCAGAGGACCGGAUCCAGCGGAUAGUCUUCCUCGCCAAGCAGACAUUUUAAAACCCAAUUUGUUAGCUCCUGGAAAUUUUAUAUGGGCAGCAUGGAGUUCUCUUGGCACUGACUCAGUUGAAUUUCAAGGGGAGAAUUUUGCAAUAAUGUCGGGCACAAGUAUGGCUGCACCACAUAUUGCAGGUCUUGCUGCGCUUAUUAAACAAAAGUUCCCGAAUUUUAGUCCUGCAGCCAUUGCUUCUGCACUUUCGACUACUGCUUCUCAGAAUGACAAGAGUGGCGGACCAAUAAUGGCUCAGCGUUCAUACGCUUUCCCAGAUCUAAGCCAAACUCCGGCUACUCCUUUUGACAUGGGAAGUGGUUUUGUGAAUGCAACUGGAGCAUUGAAUCCGGGUUUAAUCUUUGAUACCAGUUAUGACGAUUACAUGUCAUUUUUAUGCGGUAUCAACGGUUCAGCGCCUGUGGUACUAAACUACACCGGUCAAAACUGUUUACUUUAUAACUCAACUCUAUAUGGUCCUAAUCUAAACUUGCCGUCAAUCACUCUAGCAAAGCUAAACCAAUCCACAAUUGUGCAAAGGACAGUUCAAAACAUUGCUGAAAACAAUGAAACUUACAGUGUUGGUUGGAAUGCUCCUUUUGGUGUUUCAGUGAAAGUAACUCCAACACACUUUUCUAUCGGCAACGGCGAAAAGCAAGUCUUGUCUGUGAUCUUGAAUGCGACCACGAAUAAUUCUGUUGCCAGCUUUGGAAAAAUUGGUUUGUUUGGUGAUCAAGGUCAUGUUGUUAACAUUCCUCUUUCGGUUAUUUAUAAAAUCUCAUAUACUAACAUCACUACUAGUAGUUAACUAAUAGGGAUUGAUUUUGUUGUUGUUUAAGUAAUUAAUUUAGUGUUUUUGUGUGUUUCUUUUGUAGUAAUAUUUGGUGUUCUUAAAUGGAUUAACUAUUUUUUCAUUCAUUAUUAUGUAAAGGUAUUAUAGGUUUUUAUUGUAUAAAAAUAGAUGUGAUCAAAGUACUUGAUUCAGGUUUUACU